AAACGUUUUGACACAGACUUCCUAUUGGCAUCCACGAUUUACAUCUGUUUAUUGCGUUAUGCGUUUCUUGUCAUAGCUGUAGACAAAAUAAUUCGUUUUCUAAAGUCCCAGCUGCACGAGGUGGUUCGACUAAACACAAAGUUCCAGAGUCUGAUGAUACAUGCUUCGAAUUCGGAGCGCGCGCUGAAGCGCUCGUCGCCGCCACAGUGUACGCGUGAACAUGGCCAUUCCACGUAAUCAGUGCUGGACGUCUUUACGUAUGGGGAGAUUCUCAAACAGUGCAGAACGUCGUGUAGUUCGCUGCAGAGAGAGGACAUAGCAACGUCACAGGUUAAAUGGCAUCAAAGGACUCCAAACCGAAUCUCAGCCAUGCACACGUAUCUGAGUUAGUUAGACGCCUGUACGGCUUGAGUGAUUCUGAGAUCCGUCCACUUCCAAGCUACGAUGACCAAAACUUCUAUGUGUCUGUAAAAGAGGGUGGGGAGUAUGUGCUGAAGGUCAUGAACACCGGGGACAGCCAGAACCCCACUCUGCUGGAGCUGCAAACCCAUGCCAUGAACUUCCUGCACAGCAGGGGACUCCCUGCCCAGACUGCCAUUCCCACAAAAACUGGUCUGCUCAUGAGUCUCGAAGAGAUCGACUGUGGCUUUGGGCCUCAGAAGUACUUGGUGCGUUUGCUAACUUAUUUACCUGGUACAACUGUUGCCAAGAUCCCCAACUCUCCUACUAUCCUCUACGAAGUUGGAAAAAUGGCUGCCACCAUGGACAGAGUCUUCCAGGAAAUGGAACACCCCAAUCUGAGCGUUCUCCAGAGAAAGAACUUCAUCUGGAGCCUGUCCAGCAUCACCCUGCUGGAGAAGUACCUUCCUGUGAUGGACGGGGACCCUAUGCAGCAGGUCGUCAGCAAGGUCAUUGAACAGUACAAGGCUCAGGUGCUCCCCAAGAUGAGUGCCUUCCGCAAAUGUAUAAAUCAUGGAGAUUUCAACGAUCACAACAUUCUGGCAAUGCUGGACGGUCCUUCACAGUAUAAAAUAUCUGGCAUCUUGGACUUCGGGGAUAUGAGCAGUGGCUACUACAUCUUCGAGCUCGCCAUAGCCAUAAUGUACAUGAUGAUCGAGAACCCCAGUCCGGUGGAUGUAGGCGGCCACGUUCUGGCUGGCUACGAGAGUGUCUUUCCCCUGAACGAGGCCGAGAGAGACUGCCUCUUCCUGCUGGUCCUGUGCAGGUUCAGCCAGUCGCUAGUCUUGGCCCGUUACUCAGUGCUUCAGCAGCCCGAGAACGAGGAGUACCUGAUGAUCACGUCCCGGACUGGGAUCAAACACCUCAGUCGCAUGUGGGAGCUGGGCAAGCGAGAGGUGGACAAGAUCUGGUUUGAGUGCGCAAAGAAAUACAAAGAUCUGGUUUGAUUAUGCUAAAACAUACAAAGACCUGGUUUGAGUGCGCAAAGACAUACAAAGAUCUGGUCUGAGUGUGCUAAGGCACUACCAAGGUCUGUGGGAACUUUACUGUGAUGACUUCAGUCUGUUUCUAAUGAGGUUGUGGACAAAUCAUGAGUCAUUAUACUGGCGUGGGAAUCAGUUUUCAAGCCUUCUGUCUUCAGUGAAAGACACUGUACCCACUGCCGUCCUCAGGAACAAUGCAAUGUCACAUUCCAUGUGGGAGAAAUUAGGCCUUCAUUCUGUCAAUCCAUCCAAGUGUGCCAUCUUUUUUUUUAAUAAUGUUGUGAUGUAUUUGUCCAUGAAAUGCGUCCUCUGAGCCUUGUGUCUGUCUGAAGUCCAAUAAAGGAAACUCCUCCAGCAUCAGUGCUCCGCUCAGUUCAGCUCAGUUCAGCUCCGCUCCCUCGUGGGUUCACCCUUUCCCCUUGGCCCUCCCGUGUGUUGGGUGGGUGUUGUUUUGUUUUCAUGUCCUUCUGCUCGUCAGCGUGUUUUAGUUAAUAAAUAAAUACAUAAAUACCCCCCCCCCACCUGAGACAGCUAACAGUGUCUGCGCUGCACCUUUGGUUCAUGGUUUUAUCACACUUAUGAAAGAACUUUAACUGUGAACAUUGUACUUUGUUCUUUGUGCAUGUGAUUGUUUUUUUACAGGGCUCUGCGAGUACUUUGUACUCGAUGCUUUGGACAAAAGCGUCUGCUAAAUACUAAACUAUAACCACAGAUUUUUACUGCACCCCUUGGCCAUCUAAACCAUAAUGCCUUUUAUUUCAAUGGAGAAGAUAUCCAAUUAAAUAAUAAACAUUAAGGUCAAAAUGCAUUAGAUAAGGAGGAAGAUAUGACCACUGUUGUUAUAGUGCAAUAAAGCAUUGUUUCCACAAGUAUACUGGAGCCGUCGCUGCUGCAGCAUAGAUACUGUUAUAGUUCACCCCCUAACAGACAAGAUGUGGGCUACUGGCCAGAUUAUUGUUAUAGUUCACCCUUAACUCAGACAACAUGUGGGCUACUGACCAGAUUAUUGUUAUAGUUCACCCUUAAUUUAGACAAGAUGUGGGCUACUGACCAGAUUAUUGUUAUAGUUCACCCUUAACUACUGACCAGAUUAUUGGCUAAAAAAAACAUUACACUGGGUCACUCAGACAUACUUCCGUAGUGUUAAAAUGAGCAAGCGUAGUCGGUGCUAGAAGCUAGCUGAUAAUAGCAUCAUUUAGCUGAGCACCUUGGACAUUAUGUUUUGCAGCUGUCUGCUACAUGUAUGAUAAGACAGAAUCAUGACGAAUGUUUUUUUUUUGUUUUCUGUCCCAAUUAAUAACCUAUAAAUAUUCCAUAAUCUAAUAAUAUCCGAUAGUCUAAUAAUAAUAUUGUCUUGAAGAUGCCUUAUUAAUACAGACUCUAAAUACUGAAUUUUGAUUCACAAGAUUAAGAUAUAAGCUUAGGUGUAAAGAU